AUGUCCAGAGCACGGCGCGGAACAGAGGCAAGCAUCCCCAUCGCGUCGGAACCUAUCGUUCUACCACAACUCACGUUCGAUCGUCGUAACAGCAAGAUCAAUCAGCUUCAGGCUUUGCGUCAGACUUUGAAUCAAGCCGCAGGGCCGUCGACGAUUGAUUAUGAAGUUGAGCAGAUCCGCGAUGCGAUCCAAGCUAAAACUUUGGACGAGCACUUUUCCACUGCCGUGCGGGAACGGUGGCAGACGUGGUCGCGCAAUGCGAACCCGUUCCGCUCCGACUUAGCCUCGUCGGCUGCUUCCGAGCUCAGGUCGGCCGAGGAGGUAGUGUCAAAUUCCUCUAGCCCGUCAGAGGACUCGACGACGGAAGAGCCGGACGAGCAAGUGGCAGACGACUUACCAAACAAGAAGAAGCGCAAACGGGUCGUCCGUGCCAAGUCCACCAAUAAUCAAAACAACAAAUCCGAGGCCGACUUUGUAGAGACAUGGGAUUCGAUCCGAUCAGAGCGAGAAGCGCUUCUGGGAGAAAUGGACGCAGCGCUCCCAAGUGCUUUUCGGUUCUCAGAGAGACAGCUCAAGGUGUACGCUCACCGGCUCAAGUCGAAAUACAUCAACUCGCUCGAUCGACCGUUUCAAGUAAGAGACGUACACAGGUUGCUCCAUCAAACAAAGUUACCUGAUUCUCCGUCGGACAGCAAAGCCUCUCAAUCUGGGCUUUUCGCGUCGUUCGAUGCCACGAGCACCCAAAGACAGCCCUGCGUGCUAACCAUUUCCUUCUUCAGUAGUAGCAUCGAUGGGACAAAAGAAGAUUUCGUCGCCCAAAAGGAUGCUGACCCAUACGUACCGGCAGAUGAUAUGCAUGGAGAUAACACGAGGGAUGACUAUGUCAAACGCAUUUGCGGCGAUGGACUGGGAGGAAUGAAGCGCGCACAAACUGUGGAACUGCUUUCCACACAAACCUUGUCGGAUCUGCAAUCUUCGCUCUGCUGCUGGUCCGAUCAGCAGCCAGAACGUUAUGGAUGGCACGAGCGACUGCAACGGCACUUACACUCCAAGAACGACAAAGCAGGUGCACAAGCCAGCCGUGGCAGUGACGACGCGCAAGAAUUUCACGACGUGCGCCAUGCACGCUUCACGGGUAGGUGUAGGCAGACGGACGCAGCUCUGAUCAUCGAGAACAAGCUGUACACAAAGGGCACUCGACAUGGCGAUGCACCAUACGAAUCUGACUACGCUAUGCUACUGGAACAGUGGAAAGAAGCCACAGGCCACGCAGACGUCCAGGUUGGUUGGACUUCAAACGGUGGCGAUCUCAGUCUGCGCCUCGAUCGGCUUGAAUUCAUACGCACAGGUCAGCCGUAUUGGCUGCUGCAUCAGGGCGAUUGUGUUCAUUGUUUUGUCUUCGAGCAAGUUCGAGCGCUACGCCCGGGUGAAGAGAUGGCGCUUCGCAAACGUCCUCCCGCUGAGACCAACGUUGAGAACGCUUCAGUCCGAACUACGUUUGUCCCCUUUCCUCGUAUUACGUGGCUCUCCACUCCAACCAUGCUUCGGUUUGCUGCUGAUCACAACCACAAUUACGGUCUCGGUCAUCAUAUUUUGCGAUGGGAAGGCAUGCUCGAUCUUCCUCAAGCCUCCCAAAGCGUAACAGACAAGGCGGCAGGGGAGACAGGCUCGAGCCAAGGCGAGAAUGACCAUCAAAAUCGAUGGCAGAUUGCCAAUCUCAGGACUAGGCGUAAGGACGAAGGAAUGCUCCGAAAAAAGCAGGGCAAAUGUCUAGCGUGUUUGCUGCGAAAAGCACAAGUUGGCAUUUUAGGGGGAGAAUCGGUUCGCCUGCCUCUCGCGGCGAUCAAGCCGGAAAUGCAAGACAGCACACAAGACGAGCCAGCUGUCAAUGGUUUGGAUGAUCACCUUACGUCAAUUUGCACAUCAUGCGCUGCCCUCCUAGGUCUUCCGACAAGAUCACCAUCUACGGAAACGGCAGCUGAGACUUGUGUCGAGCUCGACUGGGAGCGGAUCGCUACAAUGGAUUCUCAUUCGGGAUGGACCAUUUUUCCCCUGUAUUGA